AGACUCUAUAAUAAGACUGAACCACAGCAGAAGCAGCAGCAUAACAUUGUUUAUGAAAAAGCUCAUUGUUUCUGAAAUAUCAAUUCUCCAUCAUCUUCCAACACGAUGCGUUCUAGCAGUACCUUGGCUUUAGCACAGUUGUUUGGCUUCCUUGCCCUCAUCCUCUUGCUUGUUUGGUUGCUGCAUUACCGCGGCGGGAUCGAGUAUGAUUCUGAAGAUCCGGAUCGCGUCUUCAAUGUUCACCCUUUUCUGAUGUACUUUGGGUUCAUUUUCCUUGUUGGCCAAGCGAUAAUGACACACCACAUGGUAACAAUAGAAUGGACAACACGAAAGACGAUUCAUGCAAUGCUUCAUUUGAUUGCUAUAGUACUUGGAAUUGUUGGUAUAUGUGCAGUCUUCAAGUACCAUGAUAUGGUCAACUUGGUUGAUGUAUACAGCCUCCACUCAUGGAUUGGCCUUGGUACCUUCUGCUUGUUCGGCUUGCAGUGGCUUGGUGGACUAAUGUUCAUGUUCGGAGCUCGAGAAUCAAGAGUUUCAAUGUCUCCAUGGCACAUAGCUGGCGGUAGAGCACUGUUGUACAUGGCAAUAUGUGCUGCAAUGACGGGUUUCAUGAAUAGGUAUGCAAUGUUGAAACUAUUACCGCACCAGAGAGAGACUCAUUUGAUCAACUUCACCGCCCUUGCAAUUCUCUUGUUUGGUGUCUUUGUCGAUAUCUCAGUUGGUUUGGCUCAUUAUGGCCAUUGACAUUUAUUUCCAUUUUCUCUUCAUUUCUUUUUUCGGAUAUACCCGAAAUGCCUUCUAUCAUUUGUUUUUUAUUUGGACUAUUGAUUGAGGUUCCUUUCUUAAACUUUAAGAAUCAAGGUUGUACUCUCUAUUUGCUCCCACAAAAAUAUUACUUAUAAACCAAAGUGAGUUAUUAAAAUUAA